AUGGGGAUAGGGACGCGUAAGUUUCGAGUGGGUUGCGACUCCCACGCCCCGCAAGAGGCAAGGCACAAGUCUGCGAGGUCCUGCCGGGGCUUUCGCCUCCGCCCGAGCUGUUGCUGCCGUUGGGCGCGCAGAUCUCGCGAAAUUGUCCCCCGAAACGCCACCGCAGUCUCGGUACGCGCGGCUGAUCGCUCCCUCCGGCGGGCCGCCGGCGAAGGAUCCCAUCGAUAUUUCACCUCGAGAGCUCCUUGCCGCAGUCCGGAGCCAGUUCUGAGAGAUCUCAUGGCUUGGAAGUUUUUCCUAUCUCUGGCUGCCGCUGCUUUUGUUGCUGUCCUGUUUCGACUUUUUUCUCGAAGAGGAGAUCGAGCGAGAUCAACGGAGGAGAGUGCAACGAGACGGCGCGUGCGUGGAAAUGAUGGAACAGAAAGAGGCGCUUCUUCUACUGACGCGUCAACAGAAGGUCAAGAAGUGGCUGCUUCAUCAGGAUAUGACUAUGAAGUAUUCUUGAGCUUCAGAGGACCAGACACUCCAGCUGGUUUUACCGACUUUCUUUAUACUAGUCUAAUAGAUGCGGGAAUCCGCACAUUUAGGGACGAUGAAGAGCUCCGCGUUGGGGAAAAGUUUGCCCCAGAACUUCUCCAAGCAAUUGAGCAGUCGAAGAUCUCAAUACCUAUAUUUUUGAAAGGAUAUGCCUCUAGCCCAUGGUGUCUCAACGAGCUAGUUCAGAUGGUCAAGUGCCAGAAAAAUGAAAGACAAAAGAUCAUGCCCAUUUUUUAUGAUGUGGCCCCUUCGGAGGUUCAACACCAAAUUGGGGGUUAUGCAAAGGCCUUUCGUUCACAUGAAAAGAAGCAGCGAUACGAUGAAGAGACUAUCCACAAAUGGAAGGCUGCUCUCAGUGUAGUUGGGGCAAUAAACGGGUGGGACCUACACAACGAGACCAACAGGUGAGAAGGUGAGUUCGCAAGAAAAGUUACCCAUAAGGUUUUUAGUGAGUUGAAAAAGGCUUAUCUGGCGGUAUCAGAGUGCUUGGUUAGUGUUGACAAUCACAUGGAUGCAAUCAUGGAAAUGAUAGGUGCUGGGACAAGUGAAACACGAAUUAUAGGAAUCCACGGGAUGGGUGGCAUCGGAAAGACAACUACUGCCUAAAUGAUCUACAAUAAGCUUUCACACGACUUUGAAAAUUGUUGCUUUCUUCAAGAUAUUCGAGAAAUGUCAAAAGGUAAUGGCAUUCAAUGCUUACAGAAUCAGCUAAUCUCUGUCAUCCUCAAAAAGGAACGCAUGGAUAUAAAACACAUUG